UACUUGCUGUGGUCUAAUGGUUACAGAAGUUGUAAACAGGUGAAAAAAACCGGUGUAUCCACAUCUUUUAUAUAGUAGUUAGUAAUUAGAUUGCCCCUCUUUUGUUUGUUCCCUUCAGAAGAGAGUUGAACAUUUUUGGACGAGGCACUUCUUUUUACAACCGGUCUACAGAGGAGCUGCAAAACGACCAACAAUGACACAGAGUUGUGACAGCGAUAACUCCAAAAAAUUGGACAACCUUGUUCAAGAUGAAGAUCAAACUUCUGAAGAUACGGAACUGAUCAUGAAGGACUUCGGUGGGCGCCUCUGGCGAAAGAAUCAUUUGGGUGUGGCCGCCUGCCUGGCGUCCGGGAUUUUCGCCGGGUUGGUGCCGGCAACGUUACGGUACGUGGAAGACAGGGGCUACACGGCGUACCAGCUCAACUUCUUCAGCGACCUGCUGCUCGUGUUGGUCGUCCUGUGCGUCGCCGCCUGCCACAAGACGAGCCUCAUCCCGACUAGCUACAGUCAGUUCUUCCGCUUGGUCUUCCAAGGAGUGGGUCGCUUCCUCGGAAUCCUCUGCCAGUUCGCCGCCUAUCGGUACGCUCCUCCGGCCAAGGCGGAUGCCGUCAUGGACCCCUCCACAAUCGUCUUCGUUGCGGCUCUUUCCUACCUUUUUCUCCAGGAGAUCCCAACGCCUGCCACCAUGUUUGGGGGCCUGUGGUGCAUAGCGGGGGUUGCACUUGUUGGUUACAGCGGCGUCACCAACAGGGUCCCAUCGGCGGCCGACUCAGACGACGAUGCUUCGGUGGGAACUGCAGUGAUGCUGGCCAUCAUAGCAGCGCUCCUUGCCGCCAUGCUGAGAGUGAACAUCAAGGGCCUACUGGAGUCCGGCACCACCAGAACGAUGAUUCUGAGCUACACGUGCGGUAUAGACAUCGUUUUGUCAGGGGUACUAGCGAUUUGUACCAGUCAAACAUGGUUCCUUGAGCCAGCGACCGCCGCAGUUUUGUUUGCAGGCUGUGUAAGUCGCUGCUCGGGAGUUGCUCUCAUGUACGCUGGCCUGAAGCUGGUUGAGGUCAAUGCUGCAACUGCCCUGCUGCAGAUCAAUGCAUUUCCGGCAUUCGGCCUGCAGUGGGCAAUCCUCGGAUUUGCUCCGGCUAUCUUGGAUGGUUUUGGUCUGACGUUUAUAUUCAUAGGAAUGUUUUCCGUUGUUAUAUGGGAGACGCUAGUCCGUCAUAAGAAAAAAUAUCACGGUAAACCCAGGAAACUAGAGCUCGACGAACUUCGCCAGAUCAUGUUGACAUAUAUUCAGGACUGACGAAUUGUAAUUGCAUGGUCACAUGCAUGGAAAUGUGAUACUCGUUUGCAUAAAUUGUAUCAGUUGAUCGUAUUCUCCACCCAAUGAGUCUUAUCUAAAGAAAGAUAGCUAUUUUAGCAUUUCUUCAUAAAUUAUGCAAAUGAGGCCAUGAUCGGUGCACAGGGUAACACGAUAUGAUUUAAUGAUCGAUGCACAGGGCUCGAUGCACACGUUCUCCAAGGCUCUGUGCCGGGGUAGUCCAUGGU